AUGGCAAGUCCUUCGGAAAUGGAACGGUCCGAGAGAAAACGCCAGUACUCAGCAUUGAGACGGGCAAUCCACCGUGCAGCAAAUCCCGCUCUCACUGCCAAAUUUUCUUUGUGCAAUGACACCGAGCGCUUUGCAAUGCUGAAACAAUGGGUGGUAAACCCAGACACCUCCUCAAUUGAGAUUGAGGAACGCUACGUUUCAUGGGUGGAGGAGCUCAGGACAGAUCGCUAUGUUUCAGUCUCAAUCUUCCAACUCGAGAAGAUCUAUGGGAAGAGUACUGAGGCGAAGAAAUUCAUCGCGGAGCUGUGCAAGGGACACUUGGAUUUCAUCGGCAUGUUUUCUUUGGAAGGGAUCAACUUCUCACCUUGCCAAUCCACCCUUGUUCAAUCCCGUCAAUCCCUGUGCAAAUCAGGACAGGAGGGCACUCCCCAUCCCCAAGCGCCAGAAUCCAAGAAGGGACGCAUCUACAAGGUCCUCAAGGAGGUGAUCCAUGAGCAGAAGCAAGGCAGUACAGGGUCCAGCUCAAUGAGCUUGAGUGGGCGUGUCCGUGGGCAAGCAGCCAAGGAGAUGCUGAGCAAACAGCUUGGCAAGGCUUUGGAUGGCUUUGGUCAGGGAACUCUGGACCUGAAGACUGGUGCUUUGCAAUGUCUUUGCCAUGUUUUGGGGAUGACCCUCAUCAAUCGUGGCCGACAGAAGGAAAAUUCGCCCAUCUAUUUCAAGCAACACCUUGGCGUCACCUCGCUUGGCAAGAGCGGAAAGAAGUACCCAUCCCUGGCGCAAAAACACCUGAAUGGAGCAGCGGGGUUGGACCAUUUGGUCUUUGACCAAGCUGCAAGACACAACCCACUUCUCCUGAGCACCUAUGGAGAAGAAGAUUUUGUAGGGCGUGUGAAGCGAUUUGCCAUGCUGUCCCAUCCCCGUCAGAUGGGGAAGCAAGUGUUGCUGCGUUACAGUGCAUACUGUUGCACGAGGUGGAUGAGGAACCUCUAAUUCAAAAGAUGGAUUUCCAUCUCCAAAUUCACGGGAGGUUCAUGCGGGC